GAGCUGAUGAGCUGAGCUGUCAGUGAGGCUUGACUGAGAGAGAAGCCUUGGAUUGCAUCACAGAAACAAGGAGGCGGAACCAAAAAUACACAGUUUUAAAGACCAGCCCAAGAAAGAACAGCUGAGGAUUUUGCAAGGAUCAUGGAGGGACGCUUCACAGAAAAAGACUUUUAUGCUGAGCAUUUUGUUCCAAAAGAUUAUUUGGAGACAUACUACGCUUUUCAUCCUGAGAAAAAGGAUGAGAGCGCCAUGUUAACUUUUUGUCUGAAAAAUCUCCACAAGGCAUUCACUCUAGAUGGCAUCAGAGGAGACACCCUGAUUGAUAUUGGGAGUGGGCCCACCAUCUACCAGUUCCUCUCUGCCUGUGAGUCCUUCCGAGAGAUCAUUGCCACAGAUUAUACCGAUCAGAACCGGGAAGAGAUGCAACGCUGGCUAAAGAAGGACCCGGAAGCUUUCGACUGGAGCCCAGUGGUGAAAUAUGUGUGUGAGCUGGAGGGAGACAGGGAAAAGUGGGCGGACAAGGAAGAGAAGGUCCGAAGAGCCGUCAGGCAGGUACUGAAAUGUGACGUGACCCAACCCAGUCCCCUGGGCCCGCUGGCUCUUCCUCCAGCAGACUGCUUGCUCUCCUCCUUGUGUCUGGAAGGGGCUUGCAAAGACCUGCCGACCUAUCGCUCUGCCCUGAAGAACAUCAGCUCCCUUGUUAAACCAAAGGGCCACCUUGUCUUAUAUGCCAUCUUUGAAGAAACCUACUACAUGGUUGGCCAGCAGCGGUUCUCUUGCCUGUAUUUGGAGCGGGCAUCUGUAGAGGAAGCCCUGAAAGAGGCCGGCUUUGCUAUUGAAUGGGUCCAGGAGAACAGGUUCCUCAUCCCUUUUACUGAUGCUAAAGCGGUAUGCACAGUGGUGGCCCAGAAGCUCUGAG